UCUGACAUAAACAAAAUAGGCAACACUUGCCAGCCAAGACAAGAAAUGUCGCAUAGUUUAUCGUCUUAAAUUCAGUGAAUGCCAGGGAGAUUUUUAUUUAUGCGUUUUGACAUGGCGAGAUAGGAGGCUCUCCUUGUUGUGCCAUUCUUUCAAAAGUAAACCAACUUUUCAGAGUGUCGCUUGCACGUUUCCAAGCCCGUGGUAUGCUCUUGAUCGUCAGUGUACACACGAAGUUAACAUGAGUAAACUUUUUCUAAAAAUACAAACAUGCUUUGUUGUUAUUCUCGUGCUUUUGCCCUUGGUAUUGGGUUUUAAGAACGGCGAAGAGUUCCACGCAAAAUGUCAACCAAUGGACGUUGUACAAUGCCGCUCAAUUGAUUAUAAUGUGACAGGACUUCCAAAUAUGUUCGGUCAUAAAAAUCAGAUACAAGUUGAACAAAGUCUCAGGGAUAUCACAAUGCUAUUGACUUCAACUUGUGCCGAACCUGUCCGUUUCUUCUUUUGUUCUAUGUACGCUCCGAUGUGUUCAAAACAGACAAACAGUUUGAUCACAACAUGUGGUUCGCUUUGUACGUAUGUCACGAAGCGAUGUAAACCAACUGCGAUGUCGCUGGGCAUUCCUUGGUUGAAAGAAUGGAAUUGUUCUCAGUUUUACUGGAGGAAUAACCGAGAUGAGAUGUGUAUGGAAGGGUCCACAUUCAACUUUAGUCCCUUUGAUCCGUCCACAAAUGUACCUGCAACUGAAGGUACAAAAUUUCUGAAGAACGUUCACAGUAAUAAUGUUCGCAAAAGCUCGACACUUCGCUGCCACAGCACGCGAAUUUUCACGAAAGACGACCAGGAAUAUGCCGAAGUAUGGAUGACUGUAUGGUCCAUUGUUUGUUUCGUCUCAACGAGCAUUGCUUUGCUUGCCUUUAUUUUUGGCAGAAAGAAAUAUCGUUAUCCGGAGCGCUGUAUUGUUAUUCUCGCCAUGUGCUAUAAUCUACAUUGUGUCGGUUAUAUUGUGCGUGUGAUCGUCGGAUAUAGUGAAACAGCAUGUGUUCUCGACGAAAACUCCGAGCUGCUAUUGACGAAGAACAAAUUGGGGAAUCCUCGUUGCGCUAUCGUCUUCCUCUUUCUGUAUUUCUUCGGCAUGGCCGCAUGCGUUUGGUGGGUGAUCUUAACACUCACAUGGUUUCUCGCGGCGGGAAUGAGAUGGAGCUUCGACGCCAUCGAGAAUUACACGAACGUUUUUCAUCUCAUCGCAUGGGUAUUGCCCGCUUUAAAAGCUGCCGUUGUGCUAAUUCUUCGUAAGGUGGACGGAGAUGAAUUGACCGGCUUGUGUUAUGUCGGCAAUCAAGAUUUACUAGCUUUGACUGGCUUUGUCCUUGGACCACAGUUUACUUAUUUAAUUACUGGAGUUUUGUUCUUGCUUGCCGGCUUCGUUGCUGUGUAUCGAAUGAAAUUUGAGCAAAACAAACAGCGCUUGCAUGGGGUUGAGAAAUUCGAUGUUGUACUCUUUAGAAUAGGCAUUUUUGCUGGGAUUAUAUGCCUUCCCGCCUCCUGUAUGAUAGGAAUCCAUUUUUACGAAUAUAAUACUCGCGAUAAGUGGGCGAAAGGCGAGUCGGGAGCGUAUGUGACAGUACUUAUGAUGAAAAUCUCUGCAAGCGUAUUUGCUGGUUUACUGUGCAGCUUUUGGUUAUGGACGUAUAAAAUCAUUGUGACUAUGAAAAGCUUUUUUAAGCGGAAAUUUCCAAAAGAAAACAUUUCUGAGAACAAUCAAAUUGCAUUAAGAAAUUUGACCGUGAAUGGAUUCCAAACCGACGCAGAUGUAUAAAAAAAGGCGAGGAAAAUUGAAUGUAUAAAAUACGCACAUUUAAAAUAUGAAAUACUUGUAAACUAUUAAAUGGAUGUCUGUAGAUAAGGUCAAAUGACUAUUUAAGAUUGCCGUUUCCCUGUGUUAUGUCUGCGGAGAUUAUUGUUUACCCCCAGUCGUUUGGUAAAUUAUGAACAAACGAUAAAAUCUAAACGCAAGUAAAGUAAUUAGCACCUCAUUAUUUGGGUCUAUUCAUUAAUUUGUUGCUUAAAGAGAAAAUGCUUUCAGACAUUCAAUGUACCACUGUGAACUGCACGAAAGACGCUUCUCUCUGCGUCUGUGGUGCAAAAGUGCGUUGAUGCUAUAUGAUAAUUUGCGUGUUUAUUUUCUGGCAGGUCUGGCUUAUAAGUAUUUACAGCGUUUGUUCCUUCCAUACAUGGAUUUGAUGGCGUCUUUAGUCACAGAACAUGCUUUGGUUUUGAGCUGUUAAAUAAUAUUUAAAUAAUAUUCAAUUUAAAUACCAACUACCUCACUGGUGUUUAUAUUUUGUGCCUUACUUGGCACCAGGGAUAGUAUUUAAUGUUCCUUAAAACUCUCACAAGUAUUUGAUGUUCUUAAAGUUUUGAAGUGGCAACAGCUAGUUUGUGUCGUAUUGCCCAUCUGAAUAUGAACCAGUUGCGUUGAAGGGACCUGAAAUUUUCAAGUGACAUGUUGAACCUGUUGAACAUGCUUGCGCCUUUAUAGGGGGUCCAUCCUUCCAAUGUUUAGAAAUAGGAUAAAGCGUUUUCGCUCAUUCCACUGGGAUCAAAUCAACAGGACCAUGGAGGAGCAACCAUAUCGCCGCUCCAAGCCGUACUCCAAGUUACAUAUCAGAGCUUGAUUAACCAACAUGGCCACUAUUACGUCGGGAGAAAACGCUCUAUAAACUACACUGUUUUUCUCAAGUGUAAAUACAUUACUUUACUACGUUAUUAACCAUUGUUAUUCGCAUGUA